GGCAGUAGAAAGGUGAUCAAUCUUCAUCAGGCUACAUUUCCAAUCACCUAAACAACCGGGCAAGACAAGCCACACCGACAAGGUUGGCUGCCCGGCGGGUCGGUGAGGGCGCGAGGUAGAUGGUGAGCAGCCCCAGAGCUGAGGGAGGCCGGGCCCCCAGAGGCAACCGAGCUUGAAAGACUGCGCGGUGGGAGCCCCGCAUUGCGCCCGGCCCCCUGGAUCCGUCGGGGCGCCUCCACCCGGCUGUUAGCAUGAUGUCUUACCUCAAACAACCCCCAUACGGCAUGAACGGGCUGGGCCUGGCCGGGCCCGCCAUGGACCUCUUGCACCCCUCGGUGGGAUAUCCGGCUACCCCGCGGAAGCAGCGGCGGGAGCGCACUACCUUCACGCGGUCGCAGCUGGACGUGCUCGAGGCUCUCUUCGCCAAGACUCGCUACCCUGACAUCUUCAUGCGCGAGGAGGUGGCGCUCAAGAUCAACCUGCCAGAGUCCAGAGUUCAGGUCUGGUUCAAGAACCGCCGCGCCAAAUGCCGCCAGCAGCAGCAGAGUGGGAGCGGGACCAAGAGCCGCCCAGCUAAGAAAAAGUCGUCCCCGGUGCGGGAGAGCUCGGGCUCGGAAAGCAGCGGUCAGUUCACACCGCCUGCUGUGUCCAGCUCCGCCUCCUCCUCUAGCUCGGCUUCCAGCGCCUCCGCCAACCCCGCGGCUGCAGCCGCUGCAGGCCUGGGCGGGAACCCGGCGGUGGCAGUGCCGUCGUCGUUGAGUACGCCGGCUGCUUCAUCCAUCUGGAGUCCAGCCUCCAUCUCGCCCGGCUCAGCGCCUACGUCGGUGUCGGUGCCGGAGCCAUUGGCAGCGCCUAGCAACGCAUCGUGUAUGCAGCGCUCCGUAGCUGCAGGCGCGGCCUCCGCCGCAGCCUCUUAUCCCAUGUCCUACGGCCAGGGAGGCAGCUACGGCCAGAGCUAUCCCGCUCCCUCCUCCUCCUACUUCGGCGGCGUGGACUGCAGCUCAUAUCUAGCGCCCAUGCACUCUCACCACCACCCGCACCAGCUAAGCCCUAUGGCACCGUCCUCCAUGGCCGGCCACCACCAUCACCAUCCCCACGCGCACCACCCGUUGAGCCAAUCCUCAGGCCAUCACCACCACCACCAUCACCACCACCACCAGGGCUACGGCGGUUCGGGGCUCGCCUUCAACUCUGCCGAUUGCUUGGAUUACAAGGAACCUGGAGCCGCCGCCGCUUCCUCUGCUUGGAAGCUCAACUUCAACUCCCCCGACUGUCUGGACUAUAAGGACCAAGCCUCAUGGCGGUUCCAGGUAUUGUGAACCAAGAAUGGGAGAAGAAGAGAAACGCAACUACCUGCGCCCUCCGUGGUCCCCGUCCUGCUGCUGCUGCUGCUGCUGCUGCUGCACCACCGCCCGCCUUUGCCUCAGUUUCUCCAGACCUGAUUUUCAUGUCCCCAAAAGAUUCCCAUUGCCUGCAUUGCCGCCCUCAUCUUUGUGCCACUUGCUUGGGGGAGGGUGUGCAAACCUGCCCACCCCUUGGAUGAGGGGACAGGUGCUGCGGCUUGGCCACAAAUUCUAUACUGGAGAUUUGUGUGCCGUCUUCAACCCCCAACGAACUCCUACGUCACCCACUUCCAGUCUUUUUGGACAGUUGUUAUGCACUUGUAGCCUUCGGAGACUUCGCUCUGACUCGGUGUUUGAGCCCUACACUUUUAUUUAUUCUUUCUGGACACUGGAGUCACUCACUAGCUGGCAUGUCUGCCCAUUGGAGUGCACCCACACUCUACUCCCAAACAACCACGAAGUGUGUCUCGCGUGCAGACUGCCGCCCCUUCAUCUACCCUCGGCCCCACUCCCUGCCUGCAGGCCAGAGCUUCCCGGCGUCUCCUCCUCUCUGCCGAAUGCGCUGGGGCAGAGCCGGAGAGGGAGGAGCGCGCCCCUAGCCUCUCACGCUCAGCCCCGCCCCGUGUAGAACUGGCUCAAGCUUCCGCCUCCGCGGGAAUGCUGUACAUAGUCCGGUCCGUUCCAGGGACCACUUAUACUUUUUAGUUGCUGUUCGUUGAACUGAGCAUAUCUCGUCUUAGCGCCCAGGAAAUAGAACUUUACGAUAUAUACAGCAUAUAUAUAUAUAUACACACACACACACACAGAGACACACACACACAUAUACACACACACACAUAUAUAUAUAUAUAUAUAUAAAACAAAAGCAAAAAUAUUUUCCCUCUGUCUCCCAGCCUACGCCCUCAAACGAUGGCGCUUUUACCUUUUUCAGUUGUUGCAAAGCGGUCCUGCCCUCUCACACCAUUUUUUAAUUUGUAUUUAUUAAAAAGAACCGUUUGGUUCUAGGAACCUGGGCGUAGAGGAUCAGAGGGCCCGGGAGUGUGGAGGAAACAGCCAAGUCAGGGUACAGGAGAAGGGUCGCAGUUCCGGUUUAGAGACCAAAAAUAAGGAAAGUAAACAAUAAAUAAAAACAGCAUUAUGGAAAAACAAACCCAGGCCCCAAACCUCAGUUCCCAUUCCUCCUCCGUCAGCUUCUCUCUUUAAGCAACCCUGUUUUGUCUAGUGAGUUCUUAGUGCACCUCAUUCUCCUAAAUCUGCGGAGAGCCCGCGCCUGUGUAUCAAUUUUGGCUUUGGCCGUUUCAUCCAGUAGGUGGGAAAGUAAUUUGUAAAUUUGAUUUGUCCGAUGUGAAGAUCACAAAUUACUUGUUGAAAUGUAAGGCAGUCCCCUUUCUCCUUUAUCUACA